ACCAAGUGUUAGCUACUUGUAGAAACCAACAUCGUAUAUUGGCCCCAUACAAUAAUUUUGUAAUGAUGGAAGAUCAACUCUUAUCAAAAGGCCGCGAACCAGGAAGGGAACAUCCGUACCUCUUAAUAGCUAGCUAAACUAGAUCAUUUUCAUAUAAUCAAUCAAUAUGAAGCCGUAUUUCCCUAAUGUAAAAUAAUACAUUGUAUAGAUACAAGGCUACCUUAAAUCACUACCAUAAUAGCUUUUUAUUUGAAAUAUAUAUUAGAUGUGAUUGGCAUGCAAGACUAUUGUGUAGACCGGCCUUCUAUUUGUGAAUGGUGUUAGGCUAACUAGCUAACGUUAGCUAGAUGGCAAGUUACAAACAAUGCAUAUUCGUUUUCACUCUCCUCCCCCAAAAAUAUUUGUACAGACCUUGACUUUUAUUGAGCAAUUAUGGCUUUAGCUCUUUAGCUAGCUAGCAAUGUAGCUAGUUUGCCAACUAUUUUAUUCACCCCCAACAGCCAGCAUAAUGGGUAGCUUGCUGACUCCCUCUGCCUUUAAAACAAUGAGCUACUAUGAAUGCAUGAUGAGGUCACCCAACAAGAAGUGACAGGGAUGUCGGGCCUAAAGCUGAUCUCUGCAACUGACACCCGGUAUUCAGGAACGGUGCUGAAGUCGAUGAAUAGACAACGAAAUAACGGAUUGUUCUGUGACGUCACCAUAAUUAUACAGGACCGUAAAUUUAGAGCGCACAAAAACAUAUUGUCGGCGUCGAGUACUUAUUUCCACCAACUCUUCUCAGUGGCUGGACAGGUGAUUGAGUUGAAUUUCAUAAAGGCGGAAAUCUUUGAGGAAAUCCUGAAUUACAUUUACAGUUCCAAGAUUGUCCGCGUUCGCUCUGACAUGCUCAAGGAGCUUAUCAAUGCUGGGCAGAUGUUGGGGGUGAAGUUCAUUGCGAAUCUAGGCGUACCACUCUCAGAAGUCAAGGGCCUACCUGGCCUGUCCAAAGACACGGAAAACAAUGAGGUGAGCUCUGUGGACAAAAACAGCACAGAGCCAACGAUGCCCAUUAUCACCGAGUCCUUUUCACUGUCUGCAGAGGAGUUCAACCAGACUGACCGAAGUACGGAUCAGGACUCAGACGAUGACAUUAUGUUUGUGUCCAAAACGGACGCCAUCAAAAAAUGCAAGCCCUCUGAAAUCAUUGAUUUGGAUGCACCUGAAACAGAGGAAGCCUCUGUGACAAAGCAACCGGGAGAGGCCAGACCCCCUGCUUUGACAAAGGACCAAGACAAAACGGUCAAAGCAGCCCCGCAUCUCAACAGCUCCUCUCAGACCCUGCGAGACCACAGUCCUCUGAACAGCCCCAUUGUGUCCCCUGACACUAGUUCCAAUAUUCCAUCUUCACCUGCUGUAGCCUCGUCUUGCAGCACAUCCACAACGCCGGCUAGAAUUGGCACUUUCAUCCCCAAACUCCACAGCACCUCCCUGCCCUCAGUAACCCCAGAGAUAAUAGGGAUCCAUAAGAAGCAGGUCACACUAGCUCGAAAGGGCAACUUAAAGAUCAAGCUCUCGGAUGUGACGUCACCAGGCGGAUUCAUCAACGAGGCAGGCAUUAGCAUUCCCCAAGCGGCUGCAGCUGCAAAAAAGACAAUCACACUAGAUAAGGCCUCAGAGCUCGGCUCACUUUCUCCAGGCUGCAAGGUGUAUGCCAAUAUCGGGGAGAACACAUAUGACAUUGUCCCCAUGAAGGACGAUCCCGGGGAGGGAGAUUCUAAAAACAGUAGAGGGGCAAAGAGGUCUCUGAUGGCCACACCUCUUCAACCUUUCAACACCUCUCAACUGCCACAGGGUGCCUCGAGCAAGAAGAAGGCCAAAACAGAGCAGGAAGAUCACUACGAGCUCAUCAUGGACGGGAAGACCUUCUUUGUGUGCGUGGUCUGUAAGCGUCCCUACGUGUGCCUGACGAGCCUCCGGCGCCACUUCAACACCCACUCUUGGGAGAAGAAGUACCCAUGCCACUACUGUGACAAGGUGUUCGCCCUGGCUGAGUACCGGACGAAACACGAGAUCCACCACACGGGUGAGCGGAGGUACCAGUGCCUGCUGUGCAACGAGAUGUUAAUCAACUACCAGCUGCUGUCAACUCACUGCAAACAGGCCCACAACCAAGACCCGUCUGGGAGGAAACAGAAGGACAACACCGACAACAACUUGUACCGCCUGCUCCCUUGCAAAACGGUGCAGUUCAAGACCUACUCAUAUGAGACGGACGGUUCAGAUCCAGGAGGGGUCCCUAUUAUCCAAGAGGAUGGGAGCGUCCAGCACAUUAACCCUGGAAGGGGGCAGCCCAACCCACUACCGUUACAGUCCACCCAGGGCAAGAUGUUGAACUGGGAUGACAUAUUUGUGGAGCCUGAGGCACAGCCUCGACCAGCUGCUCACGCCCACCGACCAGGGAGCCACCCCAUCCAACCUCCCCCAGGCUCAUCUGAGUUUGAGUUUGUCAUACCAGAGACCUACUGAGCAGGGUGGCUCACCGAUCUGUGCCUUGUCAGUGGGGUCCUCUUUUCGAAUUCUGUUUCCUGGGUCCAUGUCAAAUGUCAUCCAUGUUGUCUUUUUCAAAUGUUCAACAGUUGUUUUGUAGGAAGUUCUUAUGUGCUCUAGCUAACCCAUCUGGAGUGUAGUAUAACUUUUGUUCUUAUCAAGCUCAUCAUUGAACUGUCUAUUGUCUCAUUGUAUUUCUACUGACCCUUUUAAUGGUAAAUAUUUCCAAGAACUUUGGAGUGCUCAUGCUGUUCAACAGAAGGACCCUCAAUCUAGUCAUAUAAAUGUAUUUAUUGUUUUAUUUUUUUUGGUUUAAAAAAAAAAUUAAGGUUAAGUAUGUUAUGCCUUUGAGAAGAUAAUGUACAGUUUAUUUUCAAACCACAGAUUGGAUCAGGAUGCAGGAUAUUGAUGGAAUUCAAUAAUGAUACUGAAAUGAUGCUCUUUCUGCACACAGGGAUUCAGAUACCAGCUCAUUGAUGGGAUGCAUUGCUUCAAAUACCAUAUGUGUUGAUUUAAAUCUGGAUUGUUCAAUUUUCUAUUGGAUUAUUUUUGUGUCACAAAUGAAAAGGCAAUGAGCACAAAUUACUGGUUUUGCUGUGUCAGUAAUUAAUGGUUGAUUAUAACACUUCUGCCCAAUGUUGAAGGGAAAUGCAAUAAUUAUUUAGUAUUUGAAUUGGUUGCACAAACCUAAGAUUUAAUUAUGUCCAUUAAAUAUUGAAGUCCUGGCAAAUGGUUUGAUCAUGACUUACCUUAUAUGGUCUAAUCUUUUGUUGGGACCUUUUUUUUUUUCCUUUCAUAUGCUGGCCAUAUAUUUUGCAGUCUUUCUAAAAGUCAUGUUCUGUCAAGGAUGCCCGAAGCUGCCUGCUACUCUAUGUAUAAAGUUAGCCUACGUAGUGUAUCAUAGUACUCAUUGGAAUCAUGUUCCUUUUUCUUCCCAGUCUUGUCAGUGUGUAGUUGAAUUGAGUUGGACUGUAUAGCUAACUUGACAUUUUAUACGGCUUCAGUAUGUCCCUCAAUAAGGGCACUUCCAGCUUUUAUGGUUUAAAGAAAAAUUACAAAAUUAACAGUGGUGUCUUCUACAUAAUUGUGCUAAAUACGUUUUUAAUUUGAAAAUGUUCUUUGUUUAAAUAAUGUAUUUAUUAGGUCUUAGUGCUGAACAAAUGUUAAUAAAAUAAACAAAACCAAA